UGGGGACGGGGGUACGGCCUUGGGGACGGGCGUGUCUCGGGGCAUGUGUCGGAGAAGGGAUAUACCUUGGAGAAGGGCAACAAGGCACUAGUUUUGCACUGCAAUUUGUGAAUAAUUACUGCCGAUUUGUCAUAUUUUGCCUGACAGGUGCAAGGUGAUCUUCAGUGGCAUCUAUUAACCACGAAUUAUGACAAAGGCUGCUGUCACACCAAUGGAGGAUGACAUGGAAAACAUCGGUUUGGGCUGUGCCUUGGAGCGGUUUGAAGACCUGCCGGAGGUGCGUUCACUGAUUGCCGAGCUGCCCGAGAUUCACACAGAUGCCGGCCUUGUGGAGGCGCGCCUUCAGCGCUUCACUACAAUUCUUGACUACUAUCAGGAGCAGCCUCACCUGCUUGACAAGGAUCUGGAGUCACUGCUGGCUGCACUGUUUGCCCACCUAGAUAAUUUCCAAGCACAUGAGAACCUGGUCCAUGUGACGUUCAAGUACAUGGUGAUGAUCGUCAAACUGCGCGGCCCUAAAUCCAUGGUUCGGCACAUGCCGCAUGAGGUGGACGACAUGGAGCGUGUGCUGCAGUGCCUGGAGCGUCAGAAUCCGGAGGACACCGACUGCUGGGCCACGCGCUACAUGCUGCUGCUAUGGCUGGCCAUCCUGGUCAUCAUCCCCUUCAACAUGACGUCGUUUGACGACGGCCAGCGGGAGCCCAUCGCCCAGCGGAUAAUGCGCGUCACCGAGGUGUACCUGCACGCCACGGACAAGUGUCGCGAGGUGGCCGGACUGGUGGCCGCCCGCUUCGUCACCCGGCCCGACAACGUGCAGCGCUUCCUGCCCGAGCUGAUCGACUGGACACUGAAGACAUGUGAGUCGGACGACGCGCGGCUGCCGUCGCUGCUGGGCGCCCUCGGCUGUCUGGCGGCGGUGUUCAAGCACGGUAAGAGGGCCGACCUGCUGCCCCUGGCGCCCGGUGUGCUGCGCCGACUGCUCGCCUCCGGUCGACUCGAACACGCCAACACGCAGAUCCGCAAACUGGCGCUCAAAUCCGUCCAGCGCGUCGGUCUGACAUUUCUGCCGACCCGAGUGGCCGCCUGGCGGUACGAGCGCGGCCAGCGGUCCCUGGCCGCUGGUCUGCUGCAGGGCACCCCCGCCGGGGACGGCUCGGCGCCCGACGGCGGUGGUGGUGUGGGCCAGGAGGACGAGAGCUAUGACGUGCCGGAGGAGAUUGACGAGGUGCUGGAGGCGGUGCUGCAGGCGCUGAGGGAUAAGGACACCGUGGUCAGAUGGUCUGCGGCGAAAGGCGUGGGCCGCAUCACCAACCGGCUGCCGAAGGCGCUGGCGGACGAGGUGCUGGACAGCCUGAUGGACAUCUUUACGCUGCGGGACAACAUGCCGGCCUGGCACGGCGGCUGUCUGGCGCUCGCCGAGCUCGGUCGGCGCGGCCUGCUCACCCUCUCCCGACUGCCGGAGGUGAUACCCGUCCUGCUGCGCGCGCUCGUCUAUGACGAGCUCCAGGGUAACUACUCGGUGGGCGCCGCUGUCCGAGACGCCGCCUGCUACGUGUGCUGGGCGUUCGCGCGCGCCUAUCAGCCCGACCACUUCCGGCAGUACGCGCUCCAGGUGGCGCCCGCGCUGCUCUGCGUGGCGCUCUUCGACCGAGAGGUGAACUGUCGUCGCGCGGCGUCGGCGGCCUUUCAGGAGAACGUCGGACGGCAGGGCACCUUCCCGCACGGCAUCGAGAUACUCACCACGGUCGACUACUUUGCCGUCGGUAACCGGGCCGCCUCCUUCACACAGCUCAGUACGUUCGUGGGCCAGUUUCCCGAGUACACCAAGCCGCUCAUAUCACACCUGCUGGAGAAGAAAAUCAACCACUGGGACGGCGCCAUUCGGGAGGUCACAGCCAAGGCGCUGCACAACCUUACGCCUUGCGCGGUGGACUACACGGCCGGCUACGUAAUGGACAUGCUCCGACCGCACUGUCUGGGUAUCGACCUGAACGCGCGCCACGGCGCCGUGCUGGCCGUAGCGGAGGUGGUGCACGCCCUCUCCGAGCACGCCCGACGCCACGGACACGACGCCACACAGUACAUCGACUCGGCGACACAGCAGUUCAUUGCCGGCCUGUGUGACGAGCUGGGCCGGCGCCAGAUGCUGCGCGGCCUGGGCGGGGAGCUGAUGCGGCACGCGCUCUGCCACCUCAUCAGGAAGGCGUCGGAGGCCGAGCUGCCGCUCAGAAAUACACCCACCAUAGCCAGCUGGCAGGCGCUGCUGGACGACUGUCUGACCCACCGCGAGGAGGCCGUCCGAGGGUACGCCGUGGCCGCUCUGCCGGCGUUCACCCGCGCCUACGUCACGGCCUCGCCGUCGGACGUGACGGCCGGCCCGUCCGAUGGCGGCGGAGACGUCACGGACGGGGACGCCGCGUCCUCGGCCGCCGGGGACGGACUGCUCGACCGGUACCUGGCUGAGGUGGACAGCGACAGCCAGAAUAACCGGCGCGGGUUCGCACUGGCCGUAGGCUCGCUGCCGGCCAAGCUGUUCGCCGGGAAGCUGCAGCGCGUGCUGAAGCACCUGCUGGUGUGCUGCGCCUCCACGCCGCAGACGCGGCUCUGGGCCGAGUGUCGGCGCGACGGCAUCAGCGCCGUCACCGACGUCUGCCUCACCGUCGGCGUCGACGCCAGCGACGACGGCUCUAGUCAUGUGUGCGCCGCCAACAUUGAGGAGAUCUACGACUGUCUGCUGACCGGCCUGGAGGACUACACGUCCGACAACCGGGGAGACGUGGGCGCCUGGAUCCGAGAGGCGGCCAUCUCCGGACUGCAGCGCGUCACUCUGAUGGUGACCGGCGCCUGCCCGGAGCUGCUCUCGGACGACAUGGUUCGCCGCACCAUGACCGGGCUCAGUCAGCAGGCUGUCGAGAAGAUCGACCGCACCCGGUCAGUGGCCGGAGCGGCCCUCUCAGCACUUCUCCACGCCGACCCGCCGGUGCCGCGCGUGCCCGACCGGGACGCCCUGCUGGAGAUCCUGCCGGCGUCCGUGUGCGCCUCCAUCAACUGGGGCUCGGAGCGGGAGACGCUGCCGCGCCUGUCGCGUCUGUUGGCGCUGCCCGUGUACCGCCCGGCGGUGCUGCUCGGCCUGCUGGUCAGCGCCGGAGGCAUCACCGAGCGGCUGGUGCAGCAGGCCAGUGAGCAGCUGCAGCGGCACCUCAAACACCUGCCGGACGAGGGGCGAGCCGAGUUCGUCCGAGAGGUGGCGGCCGUGAUGGAGCGGCACCGCCGGCAGGACCGCGUCACCCUGUCCGUGAUCCGCGCACUGGAGCCGCUGCUCAACUGCGGUCUGCUGGACCCGCUGUUCUCGGACGCCGAGCUGGGUGACCUGCUGACCUCCCAGGUGCGCGCCGAGCUGGCCCGCUGCGGCGAGCCGCACAAGCUGCUGGCCGGCGUGGACCUGCUGUGCGCGCUGAUGCAGUUCCCGGCGGCCGUGCAGCGCCGCUGUCUGGGCCAGCUGAUGGUGCUGCUGUGCCACCGGUUCCCGCGGAUCCGACGCGCCGCCGCCGGAGGCCUCUUCGAGACGCUGCUGACGCACGGAGAGCUGGAGGGCGUCUCCGAGGAGGCGCUGGAGCGCGCCCAGAGCCUGCUCAGCGACACAGACUGGAACGAGGCCGUGGACGCGGUGCGCCCGGUCCGGGAUGAGGUGUGUGUCGCACUGGGCGUGCCAGUCCCGCAGCGGGUGAAAAAGUGAGGGACGGGGAGGGAGGGGAGAGGGGAGGGACACGACGUCCGUCCGUUCGCACUCGUAACUAAUUGGUGAUCGCUCCUGUGAUUUUUGUCGACCUCGCGCGCUGCUGCACUCGACUUAGACGCGUCACACUUACGCCGGUGCUGUGAUUUUGCUGUUAGCACAAAUUCGCAGCUGUGACGGACAUACCGACGUUCGUAAUAGGUAGUUUCGUUUAUUAUUAUUACAAUAACUUAACGCGAGCAGUCGACUCACAAUUCGCAUUCCUCGCUCGUAAGACGUGCCUACGAGAAUAAACACGGAUUUAUGUGGAAA